AUCUCAUGUAUCCAUCUCCUCUCUAAAUUUAGCAAUUGAAGGGGUGUUAAUGGAAGCCACUAAUCGGCGCGGUUUUAAGGUGCACUUAUCACUGGGGAUUUUAUCUACAUUUUGGGCAAGAUUGAGGAGAAAAAUGUGGAGAAAAAAGGGAGAUGUGUUGUGUUUUAGUGGGAAGAUGUUUGAUCCUUGCCAAUUCAAUGAGAAUGGAGAUGAAAAAGUUUCAGUAAACUCUGCUGCAAUUGGAGGUGACCCCGAAAAGGAGCCACUGGUUAUCGAAGUGCCCGAGCUGCCCUUCGACGAGCUCGUAGAAAAGACCGACGUUUUCGGGUCGAAGUCGCUCAUCCGAGAAGAGUCGCACGCGACGGUGUAUUACGCAGUUUUAGAGAAUCAGAGGCGAGCCGCGAUAAAGAAACUCGACAAGCCAUUGACACACAUUUCAAAUGCCGAAUUUUUGAACCAGCUCGCGUUCGCCUCGAAACUUAAGCACGAAAAUUUCGUCGAGUUGCUGGGUUAUUUCGCGAAAGGGGACGUCUUUUUAUUGGCCUACGAGUUUGCGAGUAUGGGCUCUUUGCAUGACAUUUUACAUGGGAGAAAAGGCGUACACGGCUCGAAACCCGGGCCUGCGCUUAGCUGGACGCAGCGUGUCCGAAUCGCUGUCGAUGCUGCAAAGGGUUUGGAGUAUCUGCACGAGAAGUUUCGGCCGUCUGUAAUCCACAAGGACGUCAGGUCGAGCAAUGUCCUUCUUUUUCGAGACUUCAGGGCGAAAAUCGCCGACUACAAUCUUUUCAACCAAGCGCCCGACAUGAAUCGACGUCUCCAUUCGACUCGAAUCCUAGGAACCUUCACCUACAGCGCUCCAGAGUAUGCGAUGAUGGGCGUGAUGACUUCGAAAAGCGACGUGUACGGUUUCGGCGUCGUUCUCUUGGAGCUUCUGACGGGACGGAAACCGAUUGAUCAUACCAAGCCUACGGGAGAACAAAGUCUCCUAAACUGGGCAACUCCGCAGUUGGCGAGCAGUACAGGGGUUAGAAAAUGCGUGGAUCCGAGGUUGAAGGGCGCGUAUCCACCGAAAGGCGUCGCUAAGUUGGCGAGAGUCGCGUACCAUUGUCUUCAACAUGACCCCGACUUAAGGCCGCCGAUGAGUGUGGUGGUUAAAGCACUCCAAACUGUAGAUUUGCAGAAAACUGCAGCUUCUGAAACUGAUCAGAUAAGUCGUCGAUGACGAAAAUUUGUUGAUUUUCACUUAGUCCUCUACUCUGUGUGUGUUUUUCUUCUUUCUUUUUUCUUUUUUGAUAAAAGAUUGUAAU